AUUACUAUAUAUGGUCCUAUCUAGCUUAUUCUUAAAGGGAUAUAUUAUUAUUGUAUAUUUUGAGCAACGUUCGUGAUGAGGCCAUUUUUCUGUUGUAGAAAAAGUAGUUGUAUCUCACCAACAACAACUCUUGGUUUAAUAAGUUUUCUCUUGUUACUCUUUAUUGUUGGAUGUAAUACUCCUGAAGAUCCAAUCAAAUGCUCAAAUAAAAGCUUCGAUUGCGUUAUUACCAACUCUUAUGGCGCAUUCCCUGACCGGACCACUUGUCGGGUGGCUGAAGUCAUGUACCCGACCUCUGAGGACGAGCUCAUUGUGGCGGUGGCUGCUGCAACCAAGAACAAGAGGAAGAUGAAGGUAGCAACACGUUACUCACACAGCAUACCAAAAUUGGUAUGCCCAGACGGGAAAGACGGGCUUCUAAUAAGCACCAAGAACCUCAACAAGAUACAUGAUGUUGACACGAUGGCCAGAACGAUGACCGUGGAUAGUGGUGUGACCCUCCGACAACUGAUCAGUGAGGCGGCAAAGGUGGAGCUAGCACUGCCCUAUUCACCGUACUGGUGGGGACUUACUAUUGGUGGGAUGCUAUCCACUGGUGCGCAUGGGAGUUCUUUAUGGGGCAAAGGCAGUGCAAUCCAUGACCAUGUUUUGGAGCUCCGAAUUAUUAGCCCCGGUAGUCCCGAAGACGGGUUUGUUAAGAUUCGAACUCUUAAUGAAACUGAAGUUGAUUUUAAUGCUGCUAAGGUUUCCCUUGGGGUCUUUGGAGUCAUUUCACAGGUGACUAUUAAACUAGAACCAAUGUUCAAGCGGUCCAUCACUUACAUAGCAAAGAAUGAUUCUGACUUGGGAGAUCAAGCCUUAAUCUUUGGCCAUCAACAUGAGUUUGCGGACCUAACAUGGUACCCGAGCCUAAAACAGGUCAUGUAUCGCAUUGACCAUCGUGUCCCUCUAACGACAAAAGGAAACGGUCUCAACGACUUCAUCCCAUUUCGGCCAACACUUUCAGCUGCAUUAGCAGCCAUUCGGUCCUCAGAGGAAAAUCAAGAAUCAAAAGCAGAUGCAGAAGGCAAAUGCUCUGGUUCCAAACUAACAACAUCUUUUCUCCGGAUCAACGCAUUUGGACUCUCAAACAAUGGGAUCCUAUUUACCGGCUACCCGGUGGUGGGAUACCAGAAUCGCCUGCAAUCGUCAGGAACAUGCCUAGACAGCCUAGAUGACGCACUAAUCACGGCAUGCCCGUGGGACUCAAGAGUGAAGGGGGAAUUCUUCCACCAAACCACAUUUAGCAUUGAGAUGUCUAAAGUAAAAGCCUUCAUACAGGAUGUACAAAAGUUGGUAUCUCUACAACCUAAAUCCUUUUGCGGCAUUGAGCAAUAUAAUGGCAUCUUAGUGAGAUACGUUAAGGCCUCAACCGCGUACCUUGGUAAGGAAGAAGAUGGUUUAGAUUUUGAUAUGACCUAUUACCGCGCCAAGGACCCCUCGGAGCCACGACUCUUUGAAGAUAUAUAUGAAGAGGUCGAACAAAUGGCGAUGUUUAAGUAUGGAGGAUUGCCACAUUGGGGGAAGAAUCGAAACUUGGCAUUUGAGGGAGUGAUCAACAAGUAUAAGAAUGGAGAAGAGUUUAUAAAAGUUAAGGAGAAGUUUGAUCCACAAGGGUUGUUUUCGAGUGAGUGGACUGACCAAGUGCUCGGGUUAAAAGACGGGUUAAGUAUAGUUAAAGACGGGUGUGCCCUUGAAGGUUUAUGCAUUUGCUCUCAAGAUAGUCAUUGUGCUCCUAAUAAGGGAUACUUUUGUCGACCAGGACGAAUCUAUAAGAAAGCAAGGGUUUGUACUACUAGAAAUACUAUGUAUUAAAUUGAAAUAGAUUAUGUAAUUAAAUACAUAAACUUAUAUAAGACAGUCUUAUGUAUAAGAUUAAUAUGUGUGUUGUCAUUUUCAAUCACAAAUCGAUUUUUCCGCACCUCGUUGUUUUAACGAAGAGCAACAAGAGAUUAAUAGUUGUUAUUA